AUGGAGAUUAAUAAAUCACCAAGAUUACAACGUAUCAAUGUACUUUGUAAUGCUAUGCAUAAGACACGAAUUAUACCAGACUUUGAUUUAAAUCAGAUCAAUUCGGGUACAUAUGAUCUUUUUCAAAGAAGUCAAUGGAGAGGGUUUUAUUUAGAAAUUGAAGCUGAUCAAAUCUUGGAACGAUUCCGCCGUGCUCGAGGAGGAGGAGGACGAGGUGGUGGCGGUGGUGGACGAGGUGGUGGUGGUGGACGAUCCGGCGGUGGUAGAUCUGGUGGUGGUCGAUUCGGGGGUAGUAGAAGUGGGUCAAGAAUUUUUAGUGGUAGCCGAUCAUCAUCAUCAAGAAUCUUUAGUGGUAGUAGUCGAGCAUCCUCAUCAGGCCGUUCUGGACUCUUUUCUCGUAGUAGCAGCGGCAGUGGUGGAACAUUCGGCGGUGGAGGCAAUCGAGUGCGUUCAGGAAUUCGAUCUAUGCUACGAGGAUCGUCGGGCUCAAGAGUUGCUACUGGUGCAAGUGGAAGUAGUUCUAGUUUUGGUUCUCGAAUUCGUAAAAUCACACAUGGCGCUGGUACCGGUAGUUCUAGAUUGGGAGGACGUCAUUUUAGUAUUGGUGGCUCUGGUGGAAGCAUAUGGUCACGUUCGGCCAAAACGUUCAUACCACAUGCCGCUCGCUUUGGCAAACGAUAUUAUCAACGACGAAAAUACAAUCAAGGCGUGUACGCUGGUGUUGGUUAUUAUGCAGGAAGUCGAGUAGGUCACCAUGGACCCUAUUAUACACAUGGAUACUAUGGUUAUCCACCUGUGUCAGAACAUCCUCCAAACACAAUUAAUGGUACAAAACCAGAUGUGUUUUAUUGUAUUCAAGAAGAUCUGAACACAACGUUGGUCAAUACGACAUUGGACAAAGAUGGAUUCGGUGUUUGUAAUGUAUCUGGUAAAUUAGUCACUUGUCCAAUUGAAAUUGAAUGUAAACUCUCCGAAGCCGAUACUUGUUGUGAAAAUGAAGAAGGUACACCGUUUUGUUGUGGUGGACCCAUGCCUCUAGAGUACAUUACUCAAUACGGUGGAUAUGCAGAUGAUUGGAGAGAUUCUGCUGAGACUUUCGAUAAAACGUUUAAUCUAAUCACUAUGGUGAUGAUUUUUCUCACAACGAUUUGCUAUUCAAAAUGGUCUCGUCGUGUUGAAUAG